CUGCGGAAUUCGACGUAUGUGGUAGGCUAAUUGUACAGCUAUGCGGUCAAUCUGUGUCCCCUUAACCUGAGAUAACCUAACUCUGUUCAACCUAAAUCGUCAAUCCCAUAACCUGUGCUGAGUUCCAGGCGUGCUCCAACCUUUCCCGUACGCAUUACCUCCAGGGCAAUGUCAUGGACGUGAUGCCAGCGAGUAUGGAGAAGAACGUAACAGUAUAUGUUAAGACUCCUUUGGAUUUACCUCGGCUUUGAUCUUAAGAAGCGAACGCGGGGCUGCUCUCACUCCAACAGCCCCCACCCCGCGUCUCUGUCAAUAUUUCUAUUCGUAACUUCUAAAAUAUUCGAACAGAAAAAAGUUUAGCGCCAACCGCAGUAAAAUCUCCAGUGUUAAAUUCACUCUUACGACAUACAUAUAGUCCUGCUUUGGUCUACAGUCGGACCAUAUGUAGCUACUCUUGUAGGGCUAAAUAAACACUGGACAUUUUAUUAUGAAAAAAAGAUGCAGAUGACAGUUAUUACAUAUAACAGUCACUUUGCCAUAAGGGGGCUGCAGUAAUUUCUUCGCGCGAGUCUCCAUCUGAAACCUGAUUGACAGCGUCCUGCUAAACGGUAUAUAAGGGCGUAACCAGAUGCUCUUGAUGCCAUUAACACCCCAGACAUCCACACGGGUGUGGAUCUGUUCCUCCUUUUUUCUACUGCGUGUUGGUGCUACAUUGUUUUUGUUUUUUAAAUUAUUUUUCCGAAUAUUUUUGUAAUAUUGCAAGAAUAUCGUUUUCUCCAGGAUUUCUUAUUAUCGGUGGAUAUUUAAAUCCGAUUGUCCAAGGACGGUACCUUCGAAGCAGGAGCCAUGAUUCUUAGAAGUCCUUUUUGGUUGCCAGUUCUGUUUCUGUGCGUUUCUGCCCUUACUGAAGGAGAGGUGGAAGAUGAAACAGUGUUCGACCUCUUCGAGGUUAGCCAAAUCACGCGCAAGACCGUCGGCGCCAAGCUCUUUAGAGGUCAUGACCCUGACACGCCGGCCUACCGCUUCAUCCGAUUCGACCAGCUUCCGACGGUGAGCAUGCCAGUGCUUCGCCAGAUCCUGCGGCAGGUGCAGAACAACGAAGGUUUCGUGUUUUUGGCUACGAUGCGCCAGGACCGCGGCUCACGGGGCACCCUGCUGAGCCUGGAGGGGCCUGGUGACCGUCGACAGUUGGAGAUUGUGUCCAAUGGCCGCACAAACACCCUGGACCUGGUGUACUGGAUGGACGGCUCGCAGAACGUGGUGUCCUUCGAGGACGUGGACCUGUCGGACUCGCAGUGGAAGAACAUCACGCUUCACGUGCACGGCGAGAAUGCCAACCUGUAUGUGGGCUGUAGCCUCGUCGAUGGCUUCAUCUUGGACGAGCCGUUCUACGAAAACCUUCGCGCAGAGGGCAGCAGCAUGUACCUCGCCAAGGGGGCGACCCGAGAGAGCCACUACCGGGGCCUUCUCCAGAAUGUGCUCUUCAUCUUUGACACGGCAUUGGAAGAUAUUCUCAGGGGGCGGGGCUGUGAGGUCGCCAAGCAAGAGGAAGAAAACAUAGUGAGUGAGAGCGGGGAGGACGUGGGCUCCUCCAUCGCCACCAACCUCAUCGGCCAAAAGACGGACGCCCCCCAGGGGGGAGCAGACAUGAUGUGCGAGCGCUCGUGCGAGGAGCUCACAAGCCUGUUCCAGCAGCUCAAGGGCCUCCGAACCGUUGUGGGCAAUCUCAUGGAUGGCCUGCAGAAAGUGACAGAGGAGAAUAAUGCCAUGCGUGAGGCUCUGUCCAAGAUGAAGAACCCCAAAGAACAGCAAAUGUGCUGGCAGGACGGCCGACUGUUUGAAGACAAGGAGGAAUGGAUUGUGGACAGCUGCACUAAGUGCACCUGUCAGGAGGCAAAGGUGGUGUGUCGUCAGAUAUCCUGUCCCGCUGUUUCCUGUGCCAGUCCAUCCUUCAUUGACGGGGAGUGCUGCCCUGUAUGCCUCCCGAUGGACAGCGAGGACGGCUGGUCCCCCUGGUCGGAGUGGACCGAGUGCACGGUCACCUGCGGCACAGGCACUCAGCAGAGAGGGCGGUCCUGCGACGACGCCAGCAACCCCUGCGCGGGCCCCUCCAUCCAGACCCGCAGGUGCAGUCUGGGGAAAUGCGACAGCCGCGUUCGCCAAGACGGUGGGUGGAGCUUGUGGUCUCCGUGGUCAUCGUGCUCUGUGACGUGUGGUGAGGGCCAGAUCACCCGAAUCCGCCACUGCAAUGCCCCAGUGCCACAGUGGGGGGGCAAGGACUGCAAAGGCAAUGGAAGAGAUACCCAGAGCUGUGAGGCAGAGCCCUGUCCUAUCGAUGGCGGCUGGGGUCCCUGGUCACCGUGGGCGAUCUGCUCGGCCACUUGCGGCGGGGGUCUGAAGAGUCGAACCCGGCUGUGCAACAGCCCCAAGCCUCAGUACGGGGGCAGGAGGUGUCUGGGGGAGCCCACCGACAAUGAUCUCUGCAACCAGGAGGCCUGCCCUGUCGAUGGCUGCCUCUCGAACCCAUGCUUCGCUGGUGUGGUGUGCAGCACCGGUGUCAAUGGGUCCUGGGCGUGUGGGCCGUGCCCCUUGGGUUACCGUGGUAAUGGCACCCACUGUGAGGAUGUGAACGAGUGUGAUAUGGUGUCAGACCUGUGCCACAAGGUGGGCGGAGUCCAGCAGUGCAUCAACACUGAUCCCGGCUUCCACUGCCUGCCCUGCCCGCCCAGGUACAAAGGGAUCCAGCCGUACGGCAUGGGAGUAGAGGCUGCCAAGAAGAAUAAGCAGGUGUGUGAGCCCCUGAAUCCCUGUAAGGAUAAGACGCACAGCUGCCACAAGUACGCCGACUGCAUCUACAUCAGCCACUUCAGCGACCCCAUGUACAAGUGCCAGUGUCGCAUCGGCUACGCCGGGGACGGCUUCAUCUGCGGCGAGGACUUUGACCUGGACGGCUGGCCCAACCAGGACCUGGUCUGUGGCGCCAAUGCCACUUAUCACUGCAAGAAGGACAACUGCCCUAAACUGCCCAACUCAGGGCAGGAAGACUUUGACAACGAUGGCCAAGGAGAUGCCUGUGAUAACGAUGAUGACAACGAUGACAUCUUGGAUGACAGGGAUAACUGUCCCUUGCAGUACAACCCGAGGCAGUUUGAUUAUGAUAAGGAUGACGUUGGCGAUCAGUGUGACAACUGCCCGUACGAGCACAACCCCACCCAGACGGACACGGAUAACAAUGGAGAGGGAGAUGCCUGCGCCAUCGAUAUCGACGGAGACGAAAUUCUGAAUGAACGGGACAACUGCCCCUACGUUUACAAUACUGACCAGAAGGACACUGAUUUAGAUGGCGUUGGUGACCAGUGUGACAACUGCCCAUUCGUUCACAACGCAGACCAGGCCGACAUAGACAAUGACCUCGUGGGAGACCGGUGUGACGACAACCAAGACAUCGACGAGGACGGCCACCAGAACAACAUGGACAACUGCCCCUACAUCGCCAACGCCAACCAGGCCGACCACGACAAGGACGGGAAAGGGGACGCCUGCGACCAUGACGACGACAAUGACGGGAUACCCGAUGACCGGGACAACUGCAGGCUGGUGCCCAAUGAAGACCAGCUGGACUCUAACAGAGACGGCCGGGGUGAUGCCUGCCAGGACGACUUUGACAACGACAGCAUCCCCGAUAUUUUUGAUGUUUGCCCGGAGAACAGCGAAAUCAGCAUCACCGACUUCCGAAAGUUCCAGAUGGUGCACUUGGACCCCAAGGGAACCACGCAGAUUGAUCCGAACUGGGUUGUGCGCAACCAGGGCAAGGAGUUGCUGCAGACUGCCAACUCUGACCCAGGAAUUGCAGUCGGGUUCGACGAAUUCAACGCAGUGGACUUCAGUGGGACGUUUUACGUGAAUACGGACCGGGACGACGACUACGCGGGCUUUGUGUUCGGGUACCAGUCCAGCCGCAGGUUCUAUGUGGUGAUGUGGAAGCAGAUCACUCAGACCUACUGGGAGGAGAAGCCCUCCAAGGCCUUCGGCAUCUCCGGCGUCUCCCUCAAAGUGGUCAACUCCACCACGGGCACCGGCGAAUACCUCCGCAAUGCCCUGUGGCACACGGGCAACACCAAGCAGCAGGUUCGCACCCUCUGGCAUGACCCCAAGAACAUUGGCUGGAAGGACUACACCGCAUACAGAUGGCACCUGAUACACAGACCCAAGACCGGCUUCAUCAGGGUGGUUGUUUAUGAGGGGAAGCAGAUUAUGGCCGACUCGGGCCCCGUCUACGAUAGGACAUUUGCGGGCGGAAGGCUAGGGCUUUUUGUCUUCUCGCAGGAGCGAGUUUACUUCUCCGACCUCAAAUACGAGUGCAGAGAUAACUGAGUUCCGCUCAGUGUGGAAGCGGUGAUGGCUCUGGAUGGACGGCUUCCAUGCCCAGAUAGCCUCCAUGCACAGAACCAGGAUCAGUUUUCCUACCAUAUUCCUAUACCCAAAACAUCUGCCACAAAAAUGUUGAACAAAUUGGAGGUCAAUCCAUCUAUGCCAAAGUGAUGCAGAAUUGCUCAAAAUCAGCCACAUCCUCACAUGUUAGUCCAGGUUACUUUACUUUAGCUCCACCCAUACAGAGUUCUCAGGGCUAAUGUCUGCUUUACCUGUCAGUUGAAGGGGUGGGGUUUGUAGGGAGGGGUGUUGAGGGGAAGGUAAGAUUUUACAACUUGAGACAAGCAAGGCCAUCAUAUUUCUUUGUGUGCCUUAUGAAUGCCAUUAACUAAAAAUUAAGUGCACAAUCCAAACAAAUAUGUGCCUGGAGGAAUUAUGAAUUGUACAUUGUCAACCACUUAUAGGUUUUUUUUUAGUUGUAAGACCACUCUAUAUGUUUUCUUCAAGUUUUUUUUUUCCCACGUAUUACUAAAUUACCUUUUUUUAUUCCUCACGUGAUUUAUUCUUGUUCAUAUUCUCAUGUUGACUUGAGUUCACAGAGUAAUGUUGGGAUAUUUGGGAUGCAUGUCAUGUGAUCUAAUCACAAGACUCCAUUUCACAAGGAUAGUUCUGCUUCAUUGGGAGUAUUCUGCAUUGUAACCAAACUGCAUCAUUCCAGCUUAAUUGCACAAAGAGCUCUUAAUCGUUACCAGUCUGUUUCCUGGCUUCUUGAAUUCUGACCAUUAAAGUGUUCUUUUUUGUUAUAGUUGUCUUUUUUGUUUGUGUUUCAGUAAAUCCCAAUUUUCCAAGGGAUUGCACAAUUUUUAUUCUGAUUAAAAACUGUUUUAUAACUGGGAGAUGAAGAUGUUUAUAUUCAGGAUUGUAUUAUAAAUUUGUCUGUAAAUUAUUUGUUUUGCUUCCAUUCUUAGUCAGUGUUUUGUUUGUUUUGUUUUUUUUUUUUGCCAAAGAUUGUAAAUAAUUAUUUAUUUGUUUACAUAGACGAAUUUCACAAUUGAAAUACAUUGACUGGUUAUCUUUAAAAUAAAGUCUAAAGUAUAUUUUCUCCUGGAUUUUUGCAUUUUGAUUUCAGUAUCUACGGUUUAUCUGAAAAUAAGUAAUUGAAACGUUACAUUAGUAUUUAGAAAAUAUUUUCUAAAUGUUAAAAACAGGGAUUAAAAACUUUUGUAUAAAAAAGGAACAAGCUAAAAUGUAUUUCCUCAAAUUAAGCAAGCAAUUCGGGGGGGGGGGGGGGGGUAUAUAAUAUUGUUAAUACUAUUAAUUUUAACCCAUGUGGAGUUCUAUCAGACCGUGAGUUUAGAUCAAAGUGCCCGCGCAAUGUGUGAUGACCUCUGCAGUGGGAGAGAAUGCAAAGGAUAAAUCUAAAACGCAAGAUCACUCUGACUUAUUAAGCGUAUUGAGGAUAUCAUAGGAGAUUACUCAUUGGAAUUUAAAUCAGGCAUGGAAAAGAGACUUCAAGUGCGCCCUCCAAGGGCGUAAAAAAUCUUGAUCUCUGAUUUAUUAUUAUUUAUGCUAAUCCUUCAAGGGAAAAGGCAAUACUCCAAAUUUGGGGAAAAUCACUUUGGGUGAACCCUGUACCCUACAACAUAAUAAAAAAUAAGGUACCUCACAUGAAAACAACACGUCCAGUACAUUCAAUGCAGCACCCCUGAAUUUUUUAUUUCAUUUUUUCUUUGAGAAAUUAACCGAGGCCCCCUUAAUAUCACCCUUGUGAUUCCAGAAAUCAAAUUUGUAAACAUAGCCAUUAUCUUUUUAUCAAGAUAUAUGUUCAUGUGGUUUAUGGUUUAGUAUUCAUAUUAUCAGUUUUGCAUGAAUUUCUUUUCUUUUUUUUUACCUUUUUCAAAAACAAUUUGUUUUCGGAUCAACACCUUGUUAAAAUUUAUGUUUUCAAAACAAACAAAACAAACAAACACUUGUAUGUGUUCUUGAUGAAUGGAAAUGAUGUUGUUUCAUAAAUAAAGGUUGUAUACAUACA